AUGGAUUUUGCCAUGGGAGCUGCAGGUGGAUCUGGAGAUGAUAAACACAAUCACAAUCACAAUAAGAGCUCAAACAAAGGGAAAAAGGCCUACCAUGGUCACAACUCUGAUAGAACUUCUAAGCUUGAAGAAAUGUUCCGGAAGUGUCCACAUCCAACAAAAAGCACAAGAUCUCAAAUAGCAGAAGAACUGGGACUUGAGCCAAAACAAGUAAAAUUUUGGUUUCAGAAUAAGAGAACUCAAAUAAAGACUCAAACUGAGCGAACAAAUAACAGUCUCUUCCGUAUUGAGAAUGAAAGGAUACGUAAAGAUAACCUUUUGUUAAGAGAGGCAUUCAAAAAUAUAAUUUGUCCAUCUUGUGGAGGUCCAUCAGAGGUUGAUGAAAAACGUACACACUCUCUAGAACAACUUCGUAUUGAAAAUGCUCGUCUUAGAGAAGAGCAUGAGAGAGUGUCUAGUGCUCUUGCAAAGUACAUGGAUAAACCAGUGUUAGACCUAAACAUGGGCUAUAGUCUUAUGAGGGGAUCUUCAUCAUCGUGUGUUCCAUUAACACCAGGAAGUUAUCUGAGACUAAUUGGUUCAUUUCAACGUGAAGAUACCAUGUUCAACCUUGGGAACAGAAUUACACAAAUGGAGAAAACAAUGAUGUCACAAAUUGCAGUGGCUGCUAAGGAAGAAUUAAUUAAGCUUCUGUGUACCAAUGAACCCAUAUGGGUCAAAUCUUCAAAUCAUCAAAGAUUUGUUCUUCAUCAAGAAAGCUACCAAACAUUCUUUCCAAGGAUUAAUCACUUCAAGAAUUCUCAAGCUCGUGUAGAAUCAUCAAAAGAUUCAAGGGUUGUGAGAGUUAAGGCAAUGGAAUUAGUUAACAUGUUUCUGAAUUCGAUGAGUGAAGAGCUGCAUGUUCUUUCACCUUUAGUUCCAUCUCGGGAAAUGUUCUUCCUUCGUUAUUGUGAACAGAUUGAAGCACAUUCAUGGAUUUCUUGGGUUGAACAUGUGGAAGUGGAUGAGAGGAUUGAAACGCAUCAACUAUACAAAGAUGUAGUUAAUAACAGCAUUGCUUAUGGAGCAGAACGAUGGCUGUUGGAACUUCAAAGAAUGUGUGCAAGAUUUACAAGUAUUGGAGAUGAAAUACCUGAUUAUGACAUCAAUGGAGUGAUACCUGUUAUUGGAGGAAGAAAAAAUAUGAUGAAGUUUUCUCAUCAAAUGGUGAAAAACUUCUAUGGAAUUUUAAACAUUUCAAGUAAGACAGAGUACAUUCAACAUUUAGCUGAGGAGAAUGCUAAUAUUAUGAUUCUUGCUCGGAAAUACACAAACUCAAGUCAAUCAAAUGCCAUGAUUAUAUUCAUUGCUACUACUUCUUUUCGGCUACCACUCCCCUCGGAAUAUGUUUUUGACUUCUUUAGAAAUCCAACAAAACGAGCUAAGUGGGAUGUUAUGUGUUAUGAGAGUCCAGUGCACGAAGUUGCACGUGUCUCGGUUGGAACUAACCCUAGCAAUUGCAUAUCGAUUAUACAGCCUCUUCACCGAACGGCUAAUAACAUGGCCAUUAUUCAGGAAAGUUUUAUUGAUGCUUUGGGAUCAUACGUUGUGUAUUCCCCUGUGAAUAUAUCUGACAUAAAGAUGGCUGUAAAUGGUAAAGAUUCAGCAAGAAUAAUGUCAAUCUUUCCAUCAGGCAUUGUUAUAUCAAAAGAUGUUCAAACUAUCACACAUGCUUCUGCAUGGAGUAGUGGAAGUGAUGACACGAGAAGGCACGGUACUCUACUGACUGUGACUUUUCAAAUACUGAUGAAUGGUCCAACAACUAUGGUAGCAGAAUCCAAGACUGUUGUUAACUCUCUCAUGACCUCAACAAUACAAAAAAUAAACCAUGCUUUGGUAAAUGGUUCUAAUUUAGAGUUUUAG